GGUCUUCAGUUGUCAAAUAUCUGAAAUAACCUCACUUUACACUCUACGAGUUCCUCGUAGGCAAAAAUUAUUUUUACUAUUGGAUAUAUUGGAAAAUAUUAAAUUUUCAAAAUGUCGAAACGUUUUCAGCCACCUUGGAGUCCCCCUCAGGAAACUAACACCCCCGUACUGAAAUUGUACAACAGUUUAACUCGCCAAAAAGAGGCAUUCAUCCCCCUGAACGGUAAAAAAGUUACAUGGUAUAGCUGCGGACCUACCGUGUACGAUGCAUCUCAUAUGGGCCACGCAAGAUCAUACAUAACUUUCGACAUCUUACGAAGAGUGUUAACCGAUUACUUCAAGUACGACGUCUUCUUUGUGAUGAAUAUUACAGACAUCGAUGAUAAAAUCAUCAAAAGAGCUAGGCAGAAUUAUUUAUUCGAUAAAUAUGUGUCUGAGAAUCACGAUUUAGAAGUUGUGCUUUCAGAUUCGAAGAACAUUUUAUUGAACCUCAAUAGUAAAGUAGAAUCUACCAAUGAUAUAGACAAGAAACAGAUGUAUGAGAAGUUAUUAACUAGGUUGACAUCUGCUGUCCAGAACUUAGAAUUAUCUAUUAAGAGCGGCGACAAUGCUGAACUUGAGAAAGCUAAAAAGGAAUUUAUUGCCGCUUCGAAAGACCCUUUAUCUGAAUGGUUAGAUUCCAAAUUAGGUCAUACGAUAAGGGAUAAUGCAAUUUUCAACAGUCUACCUAGACAUUGGGAACAAGAAUUCCAUAACGAUAUGGAUGCCUUAAAUGUUUUGAGACCUAAUGUGCUCACCAGAGUGAGCGAAUAUAUCCCGGAAAUAAUUUCGUACAUCGUGAAGAUUAUCGACAAUGGAAUGGCAUACGCCGCGAAUGGGUCGGUAUAUUUCGAUGUUGCCAACUUUGACAAACAAGAAAAACACCAUUAUGCAAAGUUGGUACCCGAGGCUUACGGAGAUACCAACAGCUUACAAGAGGGGGAAGGAGAUCUAACAUCGAGUGACGUUCAAAACGAAAAACGUUCGCCCAACGAUUUCGCUUUGUGGAAAAAAAGUAAAGCCGGAGAACCCUCCUGGGAUUCUCCGUGGGGUAAAGGAAGACCCGGCUGGCAUAUCGAGUGUUCGGCGAUGGCAUCUGCGAUCUUCGGAUCGACUCUAGAUAUCCACACCGGUGGCAUCGACCUGAAGUUUCCCCAUCAUGACAACGAAAUAGCCCAGAGCGAGGCUCACUUUGGUGAAUCCGAAUGGGUGAAAUAUUUCCUACAUUCCGGACAUUUAACCAUAGCCGGAUGCAAAAUGUCGAAAUCUCUGAAGAAUUUCGUCAGUAUUCAAGACGCCCUCUCCAAAUACACGGCGAGACAGUUACGUUUCGCCUUCUUGCUACACUCCUGGAGGGACACCCUGGACUACAGUCAAAACACGAUGGAAUCUGCCCUCCAAAUAGAAAAAUUAUUCAAUGAAUUCUUCCUCAAUGUCAAGAACGAAAUUAGGAACGCUAGCCAAUCAGGAAGUUUCGUAACAAAGUGGGACGAUCACGAAAUGAGGCUGAUGGAACUUUUGCUGAAAUCGAAAGAGGAGGUUCACGCAGCCCUUUGUGAUAAUAUCGACACUAGAUCGUCCCUGGAUAUCUUGAGGGAGUUGGUAUUGGGUGGUAACGUGUACCUGAGAGAUAAGAAACCGCCCAACUGCGAAUUACUGGAGGAUAUCGCCCUUUACGUUACCAGAAUUCUCUCAGUUUUUGGCGUGAUAAACGAGCCUCCAAAAGUGGGAUUUCCGAUAUCUAAUAAUGCAACGUCUGACUACGAGUCAAUCGUCAUGCCCUACCUGACGAUCCUGUCCGAGUUCAGAGAAAAGGUCAGGACCCAAGCGAGGACCGUCAAGGAGAACGAGAUUUUGAAACUCUGCGACGAACUGAGGGACGAAAUUCUGCCCAACGUGGGAGUACGAUUGGAAGAUAAAGAAGGUGAAGUAACGGCUGUUAAAUUGGUGAACAGAGAUAUUCUCAUGAGGGAGAAAGAAGCUAAGAAACAGGCAGAACUGGAGAAACAGAGGAAGAAGGAGGAACGUCAAGCCGCCCUGUUGGCCGCCCAGGCCGAGAAAGAAGCCCUGAUGAAAAUACCCCCAAUGGAAUUCUUCAAAAGGGAAACAGAUAAAUAUUCGAAAUUCGAUGAUAAGGGUUUGCCUACUCAUGAUAUGGAAGGGAAGGAAAUAAGCAAGGGUCAGUUGAAAAAACUUCAAAAAUUACUCCAGCAACAGGAAAAACGCUAUAACGAAUAUUUAUCUUCAAAUACAAAUUCUUCCAGCUAGGCUCAAAUUCCUAACAGUUCCUUACAAAUUAAAAAAAAAAAAAUAUUUUAUUACAACUCGACUGAUGUUUGAUAAUGCAUUUCAUAAACCUUGAUGGUCUCUUAUGUCUAAUCGCAAUUGUUUCAAUUUAUUAUUAAAAAUAAUAAAAGCAUUUUACU